AUGUUAAAGAAACGCAGUCAAAAAAUCAAUGAAACAGUCAAAAAAUCAAUGAAACAUAGUCAAAAAUCAAUGAAACAUAAGAAAUUACGUAAUAAACGACAUACCCCUAAGGAAACGCCAAGGACCCCACCGACCAAAGAACUUACCGAAAACUAUAAUCAGAGCUAUGACCAGAGCUAUGAACAGAGCUAUGAACAGAGCUAUGACCAGAGCUAUGAACAGAGCUAUGACCAGAGCUAUAAACAGAGCUAUAACCAGAGCUAUGACCAGAGCUAUGAACAAAGCUAUGAACAGAGCUAUAACCAGAGCUAUGAACAGAGCUAUAACCAGAGCUAUGACCAGAGCUAUGAACAAAGCUAUGAACAGAGCUAUAACCAGAGCUAUGAACAGAGCUAUAACCAGAGCUAUGACCAGAGCUAUGAACAAAGCUAUGAACAGAGCUAUGAACAGAGCUAUGACCAGAGCUAUGACCAGAGCUAUAAACAGAUCUACACUAUGAACAAAACUAUUAACAAAAACUAUGAACAAAAACUAUGA